UGCAUUGCCAUGGCUUAGGUGUAGGCUGGCAGCUACAGCUCCGAUUCAACCCCUAGUCUGGGAACCUCCAUAUGCCCUGGGUGCAGCCCUAGAAAAGGCAAAAAGACAGAGAAAAGGACUAACUUAACUAGUGUUAAGUGUAUGAGGGCUCAUUUAGAGAAGCAGAAUCACUGGGAGUAUAUAGUCCAUCAAUCUGUCUGUCUGCCUGUCUAUCCAUGUACCUAUCUCAUCUAUAUGUGGAAUUCAUUACAGGGCUUUGACCUUCUCAAGUGUGGCAGCUGGUUAAACAGUCUCUGAGAGGUUGUCUUCAUGUCUGGUGGUAGAGCUGAAAAUCCGUAGGGCAGGCAGUGGGGAAGGGAUGAUGGUAAAAAGCGAGGGAAGGGGAGCAAGGAUGAGCUGGAGAACCCCUGCCAGUUCUCUCUACCUCCAGUCUGAUGAAGUGAGUCCCGUGCAGGAGAAGCUUACUGGUGGCCCGUGUCACGCAGCUGAGCACACACCUGGCCCAUGAGUGUGAGAAGCUGCAGAGCGAUCUGGGGGAAGGUGUAGCAGUCAUGGGCCCAACUCUGCCCCACAGCAACAGGGCCGCCCGUAGACAGCCGACGCGCCUCUCAGCCUCGCAAGCACCGACGCAAACUGGCCGCUGCUACGCUUCCAUCUCCAGAUUCUGGCGGAAACCUCUCUUGCCCUAACUGGAAACAUACAGGGAUGAGAAUGCUGGACAACGUAGUUCAGCCUGGCUAACCCGACAUGUUACAAUGCCAGAAGCAGCGAAUCCCCGUUUUUGAGAAUGCGUCAGUUAGGUAUGGGCCUCCAUCUAAUCCACAUUUGCCCAAGUUGACCUGUGCCGCGUUUGCUGAGCUGGGAGGUUUUGAGGAGGUUUUGAGCCUCUCUUUCCUUCGGAUCAGGAAACAUCUGGAUGGCCUCCGCGUUGUUAUGGUCUAAGGAAGGCUUUCUUAGACUUGAGAUCUUCUCUGCUCUUGACGUCAAGCGCUGAAGACUUUGCUUUUAACAUGAUUGAGAGAGUGACCUAAUAGCCUUCCUAGAAAAGAGAUCAGAGAAGCAAGACACUGAAAGUUGUUUUGUCUGGAAAACCUCUCGGUGGGGCUGGCCCCUUUAAGACUGGAGUGACCCGGUAGCUAAGGAGUCAUAAUGACAAGUUUCAUAGGCAGUUCUCCCUGGAAAUGUAGUUCUCCCCCUCCAAGACCGGAAGUACGGAGAAGCAGAGCCAUCUUCGCCUCAGUUUGGCUGGUGAGAGAUAUAUGUGGAUGGGCUUAUACUACAUCUCUGGCUUCAUUUUCUAAAAUCUAGAUGACCCUGCCCUAGACAGGGGACGGUAAUAUUUAGUUUGGAUUUUUUUUUUUCCUACCCUGUGGAGGAACACAGAGUUUAGUGAAAGGGGAGGAGUUCUUUGAAAUGCAGCCUAGGCGUUCAGUCCUAUUUCUAAAACCUAGCAGAGAAGGGGAGAAGGUCCUGGCCCAAGAGUAUCUGUGAAACCCAAUGCUAAUGUAAAAGCAUCUGCUGAAAAAAGUGCCUGGAACCUAUGUGGAUUUUGUCCAGGUUUUCAUGAAUCCAGUAUUCCUGACUCACGGGCAGUCAGUGCUUUAGGAAUCCCCCAGGACUCGCACUCAGAGAAGGGGGUGAGAGCUGCCAGCUCAGAACUGGGAGGAGAGGUGCUGACGCCACCCUCAGAGAGCCCAGGCCUUGGGCACACACACCCUCCUGCAUAGACGCCUUCUUCUUCUGGGACAGGGAGCCAAACUGAUUGGUAUCUGUCACCGCAGGAGAUGCUGGCUUGGAAAUGGACAUGCUGGAGGACCUUGAGACCCUGUGGUUCAAGUGUGGGAUUCAAGAGGAGGACCACAGUUGGCUCUAUCUGCUGGGCCGUUCUCGUGGGCUGAUGAUCAAAGCCUGUGCCCACGCAACCUUCUUCUGCAAGCUACUCCGUAAUUUGAGAGAGUUGUUCUCCAGAGAAUCAUUACAGGAGCAGCAAACGUCCAGAUGUUCUAUGCCUGGGAUGCUUGAGGACACUCCUGAUGACGAGGAGUUAAAGGUGGGCAUCGUUGGAGGCGGCCACCUGGGGAAGCAGCUGGCUCACACACUGCUUCGGCUUGUCCCCAUCCCUCCUGAGUGCCUGCGGAUCUCCACUCGGAGGCCAGAGGCCCUGGAUGAGUUCAAGAAGCUGGGGAUCCAGUGCUUUUACUGCAACUCUUCCCUGGUACAGUGGGCCCACGUGGUAUUCCUCUGCUGCCUGCCAUCUCAGCUGCCUAACAUCUGCUCAGAAAUUCAAGCCAGCCUUGGAAAAGCUUGCAUUGUGUACAGCUUUGUAGCUGCCAUCCCAAUACCCAGGUUAAAACUCCUACUGAACCACACCAGUAUCUUGCGGCCCCAGUACCAGUGUGUUGAAGAUCUUGACCGCAUCUGGGGAGCCAAUAAGGAAAUCACAGCUGCUCUCCAAGAUCCUGUGAUUCUUCAGGCUACCUGCCCCUACAGUCCUGCUGGGGGAGUGAUCCUCAAUCUUAAGUGGUUGGAGGGAGUGUUCUAUGCCGCCAUAAACACCUGCACAGCAAAGGACAUGCCCCACUCACAGGUGCUGCAGCUUCUGAAUGAGCUGUUCCUCUCCGUGCACUUCAAAGCCUAUGGGAAAGACGGAGCAUCUUGCCAGAAAUUUCAAGCACAAGAUUUUGUCAGCAAAGCCUACAUCAAGAACCUGUUUCAGAAAAGGCCUUUCCCCUGGUUUGAUCUGACUGCUGUACAACUCAAGGAAACUCCUUUUAGCAAGUAUCUCUCAAACAGCACCACAUUCCAGGACCACCUUACCCACCUAUACUGUGAUUCAUUUGGCAUCUCCCUAACCAGAGAAGAACAGUCAGAGGUUUCCACAGGCUCUCCAUCCCAAUAGGAGAAGAUACCUCAGGAAUCAAGAUUUUUUUUUUUCUCUCUACAGUAGUUGUGCUCUGAUUAUAGCAAUUGACAGUGGAAAUCAUGUCAUUGCCUCAGCAUAUUUGGGUUAUCGGCUUUGAGGAGCAACUGAAUGAAACCACAUAACCGGACACACUUAACAGUAAGCUGCUUCCCGAGGAAAGCCUUGUUAAAUUCACUGUCUUCGAAAACUAAAUUCAAGAAGUUAUAAUGUCAUUAUUAGAUAGUUACAUAAACUCUUGCUGUAGCAUCCUUUUUCUGUAGCAGGAUGAAUAUUCCUGUAACAGUACGUAGCUGACAAGUGAUACAGCUUGAUUUUCCUACCAGUUUGGAUAGGAAAGUAAAAUGUAUGAUAAACAGUCUUAAUUGAAGUAGGACUCAUUUUAUGCUUAUUGCAGCUAUAUGUUACUGUUCUGGUACUAUCUUAUUUAAGGCUGUUCCCAUUUAAACCAUUUUAAACCAUAAAACCAUUUUUAAGAUAGCUGGCAUUUAUAUUCAAUGUCUAAAAAUAAUUUUGUGAAAUACAGCUUUUAUUCCUAGUGAGUCUUAGGAAUAGGAAAGAGAAAUUAGGUCUAUAAAACUAGAGAGAAACUGGAGUCAUUCAGGUGACAAGAAGUAUUUGUAAUUUCUCUGUGGAAUGUGAGCAUCUAGGAUGACACUUGUCCCCCUGACUCUGGGAGUUUAGCCUAAGUACUUGGCUCUAGGUGGCAACUUUCUGUUUGUCAUAAAGAUAUGAGGAGUUUUAUUUUUCUUUGGAUACGGACAGUUAACGUGUAAAUAAUGGAUUAUAUCUGCCAAGGGGGAGAUUGCCUUGUCUUUGCAAUCUCUUUAGCAGCCUAAUUUCGUGCCGAUUCAAUAGUAAAAUUGUUUUUCUGCAAUUACAAAGAGGAUUAUCUGGAUUGGCAGUUCAUUUUACUUUUAGUUCUAUUUCCCCAACAUGCUCCUACUACCAGAUGCAUUACUAGAAUUUAUCAGGAAUUCUUACAAUUACCCAGAAAGAGACUAUUGCUAUCUUUGUUUUAACAAGGGGCUAAAUUGAAACAAAAAGGGAAGGUGCUGUGAGUCAGUGAUAGAACCAGGAGUGGAGGCAGCAGUUCUAACUCUGCUCCUGGAUGAAGAGGAGAAAAAGAAAAUGCAGAGAGACUAUACUCCCCCCUGUCAUGUAGUUGGAUUCUCAAGCCAAGUGAAACAGUUUCCCUAUGGUUCGGUAGACUCUAAUGCCACAUCCUCUUCAGGGGCGGUUAUUUUGAAGCAUAAUCCUGUAAUCCUGCUGCUCGUACAAAUUCAGACAGGGUCAAAGAAUCAGAUUUAACUCCGCUAUGACCUUUCUGCUCUAAAAAUAAGCCAAUAUUGUCCCUGUAGGGAAGGCUGAUGCUGCGUGUGAAUAGUGGCUCUUCAAUUCCCAGUAGCUUCCGAGUAUGCUGAGAAAUUACCUGAAAUGCAAGGAUAAUUUUUUAAUGGGAUUAACCUGUAAAUACAACUAAAUAAGUUUUAUUUAGUUUCCUAGGCCUCCUGAAUGCUAACCCCUUGAGCUAUUUCUAUUGGGAAAUAAAAUAAUUAAAUAACACAUUGAGAGGCUUCCUGCUCUGGCCUUAUCAAAACACAAUUCUUAAGAGAAAUAUCACAUGAUUUAUCUUUUUUUUUUUUUCCUUUUUGGCUGAACCCAGGGCAUGUGGAAGUUCCCAGGCCAGGGAUCAAACCCAUGCCAUAGCAGUGACCCAAGCCGUAGCAGUGACAACACCUGAUCCUUACUGAGCUACAAGAGAACGCCAUAUGAUUUAUCUUUUAAAAAGUACCACUUAAGGGAGUUCCUGUCGUGGUGUAGUGGUUAAUGAAUCCGACUAGGAACCAUGAGGUUGCGGGUUCAGUCCCUGGCCUUCCUCAGUGAGUUAAGGAUCUGGCGUUACCGUGAGCUGUGGUGUAGUCGCAGAUGCAGCUCGGAUCCCGCGUUGGCUGUGGCUGUGGUGUAGGCUGGCGGCUACAGCUCCGAUUCGACCCCUAGCCUGGGAACCUCCAUAUGCCGUGGGAAGCGGCCCUAGAAAAGCAAAAAGACAAAAACAAAACAAAACAAAAGUACCACUUAAAGAUGUUUCUAGGCCUUUGCAUCAGAUAGCCAUGGCUGGGUUCAUUUCUUUUGGCUGAGCAGUCUGACCAAUGAUAUGAGCAGACAUUAUGUUCACAUUAGGAGCCAUGACUGUCUCUAGGAAGGUUAAUAAAUAACUUGUCUAUAAGGGGCUCAGUUAAUAUUCAGCUAAGAAAGAAACUCAUUACCCAAAUAGUUAUUCAAUUUGUUUGACUGAAAAGAAACCUCAAACGUGAAAAAGCAGAACUAAAAUUCCAGUUAUUAUAUUUGUAUAUUCUUUAAAAAUAUCUUUUGCCACAAUUACCAGUGUCUCUAAAAUAAUUUGUAUUCAUUGAGUACCAUGCCACUCGAUAUCCUAGGUUAAACUGUCAUUGCAUUUUCAAUUUAUAGUUUUAAUUAUAGGUCUAUUAUAACACGCUAUUUGAAUUCAUAUUCUGUAUCUGAGUGAGAAUGUAGUCCAUGAAGUUGCUGCUAGAACACAAAGGAGUAUCUGGAACGGAUUUUUUUUUUUUUUAACUUUAAAAUGGCCAGAGUUACAAGGUUUUAAAAUUCACACCAUGAAAAAAUAAAAUAAAAUAAAAUUCACAUCAUGCACAAUUCUAAACCUGAUGCAUACUGCCCAUUAGCAGUGCAUUUGAGAUAGGUAAGAUACCUUUCUUCUCGAAUCUUACUUGAAUUGGUUUUGUUCAGACUCUAGGGAUGGUGUGUGGAUAAAAGACAGAGUCUACAUAGUUGCUCUGCAUUCCCAGUGGGAAUGCUAAUUGAGGUCUGUAGCAACUGAGGUUUCGGAGCACUGAGAUCCAAAUUACCACAGGCGGCUCUUAAGAAUUCUCAUUUGUAACUGAUGCUGCUACACUGAGCCCUUGUCUGCUCAGCAACUCACUCUAACUCUCCUUCAGACUGUGUCUCACCAGCAGAGGUUAUUUCACAAAUAUCCUGAGGCUGACGGCUGGUACCCCCCAGGAGGAACCCUGUAGUCAUAACGCAUUCAUCAUUAACCAAAAGAACUGUGUUUCUGCUGUAGGCAAACAGAAUCCAAUACUGUUGAAUACUCUAAUGCAGAAAUGAAAAGUGUUCUAAAGCUCCUGGUUACAUGUGGAAUCAGGAAAUAAAAUCUAACCAUCUCUAAUUCAGUGAUUUUUAAGGUAUGUCUGAGGUUCACGGAUGAAUCAUGAGAGUCCUCUGAUGGGCUGUAAAUUAGUCUAUAACUGUGAGUUCUUUCUUUAUUUCUGUUGAAAAACAAGCAAUAAACAAUUUUUGCCUAGGACUUAGGGCAAAUUAGUAAGGAUUAUUAAAAAUAGAUAUUCAUGAAGAGUUUUAUAUAGAGUUUUCUAAGGAUUCUUAAUUCCAUAUUCUAGGAUGGCAGCCUCUGCUGAGCACAUACUUCACAUGGCCUUAAGCAGAUAUGUGCAAUGCCCACAGUUUUCAAGAAGAUUCUAUUAUUUCCGUAUCACCAUUGUAUCUUGUCCUGAUUAUGGUUUUCAAAGGCUACUAUUCUUGCUUUUAUGUGUUAACUACUAAUGGUUUCGCUUUAUAAAUAACAAUUUAUUAUGUGGGUAUUUAGUUACCUUAGAGUAUGUAACUAUGCACAUUUUCAUAGCUGUUACCUAUAAUUUAAUUAAACCUAAAGACAUAACUGUGGUUCAGUACGAAUCAUCUAUACCACUAUUAUUAAAGCAGAUGUAUAAUGUCCUUAAAAUCUUCUUGUUGAUUCAUAUUACAGUAUGGAUUAAUCUUUAAUGCAUUUUGCUAAGGAAAAGAAGCCAUACUCAAAGGCUGCAUUUUACUUGAUUCCAUUUACAUGGCAUCCUAGAAAAGGUAAAACUAUAGGGACAAAAAGGUGAAUAGUUGCCAGGGAUUAGGUAGCAGAGUACACUGACUACAGCGGGGACCCAGGGGAAAUUUUAGGGUGACAGAAUCGUUCCGUGUGGUUCUGUGGUGAUGGAUACAUGACCCUCCCUGUACAUUGAUCAAAACCCACAGAACUGUAUACUAAAAAGAGUGACUUUACUGUAGGCAAAUUUUUUUUUUUAACAGCCAGGAUACUGUGGAAGCCCAUGAUGGAAUAUAGGCUGUAGACAAAUUAAUCUAACUGUAUUACAAAGUAAGACACAAACUCACUGAAGGGGGAAGGGAAGAAAGGAGCUGACCUAAAUAACUUGAACUUUGAAAAACUAUGCUUUGUCUAGUGAGUUUAAGGCUAAAGGCAAAGAGAACUGUACCCAAAUACUGUACUCUAUUUGGUAAAUUUCUCAGAGGGAUACGUAGGUAUAGAUAAGCAGAGCCAGGUUUCUCACUGUCAGAGAAAGAAGUUAUAAAGAAGCAAAGUGGGAUAGUGGGUAGGAAGGAUGCAGGCUAGUAUGAACACUGUGGUGCUGGACUAAAGUCAAGGCUAUCAGUAGGAACGAACUCAUACCUACAGAAAAAAGCUACGUAUUUGUGCAUACAUGGGUUAGUACAUAUACAUAUGUUUCCCAUAUCUUUCUGCUGAGAGCGCCUAGAAGCAGUAACGCCUCAGUAGCAACAAGCACAACUACUGACCACAUCUUCGUUGCUAAAUACCAUUUUCUAAUAAAAGCAACCAGGGCUCCUUGGAGACAUGGCUGCUUCUAGGGUUGGAGCAAGAAAAAUACAAAAUGAAUCUGAAGUAAUGCGCAGUGCCAGAAAAUGCUAAAAAAUAAAAAAAUAAGGGGAGCAUGUAAAAAGGACACAGAAGACAAACUGAAAGACAAAUGGGGGAGAUGGGACAAUUAAACACAGAAAAGUUCCUUAAGCAGAGUUCCAAUUAAACAUGGAAGGAAUGAGAAAAUAGAAAAUUAUUAUUAGGACAACAUGGUAAUAACUGAUGCAGGCAAGAUCCAUGAAUGAAUGCUAAAAUUGGCAAAACUUAAGGGAGAAACAAGUUAUUUGUAUAGCCUCAAACUAUCUUCCCCAAUACGUUUCUGUCCAUAAACUCUGUGAUACUCAUCCCACCAGGAGGUGGAGUUUAAUUCCCCUCUCUGAGUGUCUGGGUUAGGCUUAGUAACUCAUUUCUUCCUCCUUCCUCCCUUCCUUCCUCCCUCUCUCCCCUCUUUCCCCCUCCCUCCCUCCCUUUUUAGCCAUCCUGGGGCAUAUGGACUUCCCAGAUCCCAGCCACACUUCGGACCUGCAACAAACACAGUUGCAACCUACACAUGACCCUUAACUGUGCCAGGGGAGGGAUUAAACCUGUCACAGGGCUCCAGAGAUGCCACUGAUCCUGCUGUGCCAUAGCGGGAAUUCUAAUAACUCACUUCUAUUGAAUAAUGCAGGAAAAGGGAAACAUGGUAACUUUGUAAUGAAGAAACUACCUUAACCCAGUGCUCAAAGUUAACAUCUCCAGUUAGUCAUGCUGAUACCAUGUACCCCUGAUUUGAUUAGCUAAGAUGGGCUCAUCAUCUCUGUGGGAGUCUCCCUCCAAAGCAUAAUCUCAUGGGAAACAUGAGGCAAACUCAAACUGAGGUAAAUCUACAAAAUACGUGCCUACUACUCUUGAAAGUGUCAAGGUCAUGAAAGACAAAGAAAGAUCAAGAAAAUGUCACAUAUUGGAGGAGACCAAGGAAACUUGACAGCUAAGUGCAAGGUGAUUUCCCCAACUGGAUCCUGGAAUGAAAACAGGACAUCAGAUCUCAAAAUUUAUAAACACCUUCUGCAGCUCAAUACCAAAAAAACAAACAACCCCAUCCAAAAAUGGGCAGAAGAUCUAAACAGACAAUUCUCCAAAGAAGACAUACAGAUGGCCAAAAAACACAUGAAAAGAUGUUCAACAUCACUCAUUAUUAGAGAAAUGCAAAUCAAAACCACAAUGAGGUACCACCUUAAACCAGCCAGAAUGGCCAUCAUCAAAAAGUCUACAAACAAUAAGUGCUGGAGAGGGUGUGGAGAAAAAGGAACCCUAGUACACUGUUGGUGGGAAUGUAAAUUGGUGCAACCACUGUGCAAAACAGUAUGGAGAUUCCUCAGAAAACUAAAAAUAGAACUACCAUUUGAUCCAGCAAUCCCAUUCCUGGGCAUCUAUCCAGAGAAAACCAUGACUCACAAAGACACAUGUACUCCAAUGUUCACUGCAGCACUAUUUUCAAUAGCCAAGACAUGGAAACAACCUAAAUGUCCAUCGACAGAGGAGUGGAUAAAGAAGAUGUGGUACAUAUACACAAUGGAAUAUUACUCAGCCAUUAAAAGUAACGAAAUACCGGCAUUUUUAGCAACAUGGAUGGACCUAGAAAUUAUCAUGCUAAGUGAAGUCAGCCAUACAAUGAGACACCAACAUCAAAUGCUUUCACUGACAUGUGGAAUCUGAAAAAAGGACACAAAGAACUUCUUUGCAGAACAGUUACUGACUCACUGACUUUGAAAAAUUUAUGGUUUCCAAACAAAACAGUUUGGGGGUGGGGGGGGGUUCACUGGGGUUGUGGGAUGAAAAUCCUAUGAAAUUGGAUUGUGAUGAUCAUUGUACAACUAUAAAUGUAAUAAAUUUACUGAGUAAUAAAAAAAGGACAUCAGUGUAAAAAUUGCAGAAAUGUGAAUAAAGUCUGCAGUUUGUUUAA